UUGCCCUCACUUGCUAUACUCUCCUAAUUAUUCCCAGUGUGAAUGAGUUUGCGGCUUCAAGGCAGCGCUGUAAUGUGAAAAGCCGCAUUUGCACUAUUCAUACUCACACAUUGAAAAGAAAAACAAGAGGGCACCCUUCCUUUCAUCUCACCGCUCUAGUCAUAUCCAGAGUGUGGAUUAACACAUUUAAGUGCUGCAACGAUGUCCAGGCCAGCAGGGGGCGGUGCUAAUGAUGUCACCCACUUCCUCUCCACGGGAACGGGGCCUGGGACACCGACCUCUGCACUCUCCGCCUCCAGCCAAGCUGAUUGGGCGGCUAAGAGGCUCGUCUGGGUGCCUUCAGAGAAACAUGGGUUUGAGUCUGCAAGUGUGCGUGAGGAGCGGGGUGACGAGGUGGAGGUGGAGCUUAUGGACAGUGGGCGGAAACUGACACUUUCGAGGGAGGAACUCCAGCGGAUGAACCCGCCCCGUUUUAGUAAAGUUGAAGACAUGGCUGAUCUUACAUGCCUCAAUGAGGCCUCUGUUUUACACAAUCUGCGAGAGAGAUACUAUUCAGGACUCAUAUAUACGUACUCUGGCCUGUUUUGUGUGGUGAUAAAUCCCUAUAAGAACCUGUCCAUGUAUACAGAAUCCAUCAUAGAGAUGUAUCGUGGGAAAAAACGUCAUGAGAUGCCGCCACAUGUCUAUGCCAUAUCGGAGGCCGCCUACAGGAGCAUGCUGCAAGACAGAGAAGAUCAGUCCAUCCUAUGCACAGGGGAGUCUGGUGCAGGAAAGACAGAGAACACUAAGAAAGUGAUUCAGUAUCUUGCACAUGUGGCAUCUUCACACAAGUCUGGCAAUCUGGGUCGGCCCAAAGAUGCAAUGCAGAUUGUGCAGUAUGGGGAGCUGGAGAAACAGUUACUGCAGGCUAACCCCAUUCUAGAGGCCUUCGGCAAUGCAAAGACAGUCAAAAACGACAACUCUUCCAGAUUUGGCAAAUUCAUCAGGAUAAAUUUUGAUGUUGCUGGAUAUAUUGUUGGUGCUAACAUUGAGACCUAUCUGCUGGAAAAGUCUCGAGCCAUUCGCCAGGCAAAAGAUGAGAGGACCUUCCACAUCUUCUACCAGCUCCUUUCUGGAGCUUCAGAGACCAUGAGAAAGGAGCUUCUGCUUGGCAGUACAGAACAAUACCGCUUUCUCUGUGGGGGAUCACUUCCUGUCCCGGGUCAGAGUGACUCAGAAAACUUCACUCAAACAAUGGACUCUUUUGCCAUCAUGGGCUUCACCCAGGAGGAAUCCACCUCUAUGUUAAAGGUGAUCUCUGCAGUGAUGCAAUUUGGGAACAUCACAUUUAACAAAGAGAAGAACACAGAUCAGGCCUCUAUGCCGGAUGACACAGCAGCUCAGAAACUCUGCCACCUGCUGGGCAUCAGUGUGUUGGAUUUCAGCCGAGCCAUUCUCACUCCCCGCAUCAAAGUGGGCCGCGAAUAUGUCCAGAAGGCCCAGACCAAGCAGCAGGCUGAUUUUGCGAUAGAGGCUUUGGCAAAGGCCACAUAUGAGCGUCUCUUCCAUUGGCUGGUCCACCGGCUCAACAGAGCCCUGGACCGCAGACAGAGACAGGGAGCCUCAUUCAUUGGGAUCCUGGACAUCGCUGGAUUUGAAAUCUUCCAGCUGAACUCGUUUGAGCAGUUGUGUAUUAAUUACACUAACGAGAAGCUGCAGCAACUGUUCAAUCACACCAUGUUUGUUAUGGAGCAAGAAGAGUACCAGCGUGAGGGCAUUGAGUGGAGCUUCAUCGACUUCGGUCUGGAUCUUCAGCCCUGUAUCGACCUUAUUGAGAAACCGACCAAUCCUCCUGGCUUGCUUGCAUUAUUGGAUGAGGAGUGUUGGUUUCCGAGGGCAACAGAUCGCUCAUUUGUGGACAAGCUGUCAGCUGAGCAGGGUUCACACCCGAAGUUCAUGCGGCCACGACAGAUCAAAGAAGGGGCUGACUUCUCCAUCAUACACUACGCUGGCAAGGUUGAUUAUAAGGCAGAUGAGUGGCUGGUGAAGAACAUGGAUCCUUUGAAUGAUAAUAUUGCAUCUCUCCUUCAUCAGUCAUCUGAUCCUUUCAUCUCUGAGCUCUGGAGAGAGGUGGAGAGGAUUGUGGGUCUGGAUCAGGUGUCGUCUGGUGAGGGCAGUGGCAAAGUGAAUUUUGGGGCUGGACUAAAGACAAAAAAGGGCAUGUUCCGAACAGUGGGGCAACUCUACAAAGAGUCCCUCGCUAAACUUAUGGCCACCCUCCGCAACACCAACCCCAACUUUCUGCGCUGCAUCAUCCCCAACCAUGAGAAACGGGCAGGGAAGUUGAGCCCUCAUUUGGUUCUGGAUCAGUUGAAGUGUAAUGGAGUUCUAGAGGGGAUCAGGAUCUGCAGACAGGGCUUCCCGAACCGUAUACCAUUCCAGGAGUUCAGACAGAGGUAUGAGAUCUUGACUCCAAAUGCCAUUCCUCGAACCUUUAUGGAUGGGAAACAGGCAUGUGAGCUCAUGAUCAGUGCUUUAGAGCUGGACAAGAAUCUUUUCCAGGUGGGACAGAGUAAAGUGUUCUUCCGGGCUGGAGUUCUGGGUCACCUGGAAGAAGAACGAGACCUGAAGAUCACUGACACCAUCAUCCGCUUCCAGAGCGCCUCACGUGGAUACCUCGCCAGGAGGGCAUUCCAUAAGAAACAGCAGCAGCUCAGUGCUCUGCGUGUGAUGCAGAGGAACUGUGCAGCAUACCUAAAGCUCAGAAACUGGCGGUGGUGGAGACUCUUCACCAAGGUGAAGCCGUUGCUGCAGGUGACCCGUCAGGAUGAGGAAAUUCAAGUUCGUGAAGCUAAGCUUCAGAAAGCCAGUGACCAGCUGAGCAAACUGGAGCUUGACUUUACUGAACUGAACCAAAAAAACCAACAGCUGAUGGAGGAGAAGAUGGUGCUGACCAACCAGCUGCAGGCGGAGGCCGAGUUAUUUGCAGAAGCAGAAGAAAUGAGAGCGCGGCUGGCCAAUCGCAAACAAGAGCUUGAAGAUGUGUUGGGAGAGCUCGAAAGCCGAUUGGAGGAGGAAGAGGAGAGGACUGCUCAGCUGACCAAUGAGAAGAAGAAGAUCCAACAACAUGUCAAGGAUCUGGAAGUGCAGCUCGAGGAGGAGGAGGGGACACGCCAGCGUCUCCAGCUUGAGAAGGUCACUCUGGAAAGUAAAGUGAAGAGUCUGGAGUCCGAGAACAUGACUCUGGGAGAGCAGAGAGAAAGAUUAAGCAAGGAGAAGAAACAGUUGGAAGAGAGAUUGAAUGAAAUGACAGAUCAACUCACAGAGGAAGAAGAGAAAGUGAAGAGUCUCAAUAAGCUAAAAAACAAACAGGAAGCUGUCAUUGCUGAUAUGGAAGAUCGUCUCAAAAGGGAAGAGCAGGGUCGUCUGGAGCAGGAGAAGUGGAAGAGACGGAUAGAGAGUGAAGCAGUAGAUGCACAAGAGCAGCUGUCUGACCUCAGCUUACUUGUCACAGAGCUAAGAGGAAGCCUGAGCCAGAAAGAAAAAGAGAUCACCGCACUACAGACACGCCUGGAAGAAGAGAGUGCCCACCGUACAGAAGCUCAGAGGGCUCUGCGAGAGGCAAUGUCUCAGGUGUCUGAGCUCAAGGAGGAGGUGGAGAAUGAACGAGGGAUGAGGGAAAGAGCUGAGAAACAGAGGAGAGAUCUGGGAGAGGAGUUAGAAGCUCUGAGGACUGAACUCGAAGAUACACUGGACACCACAGCUGCUCAGCAAGAACUCAGGUCUCGCCGUGAGUCUGAGUUAGGAGAGCUUCAGAGGAGUUUAGAGGUGGAGACGCGUCGUCAUGAAGCCCAGCUUUCAGAAAUGCGCAUCAAACACACCGCUGCUGUUGACUCUCUACAGGAGCAGCUGGACAAUGCCAAGAGAUCCCGUCAGUCUCUGGAGAAGGCGAAGGCCAUGCUGGAGGAGGAGCGCUUGAACCUGAACACUGAGCUGAAGACGCUACAGGGAGGGAAGAUGGAGAGCGAGAGGGGCAGGAAGAGAGCAGAGGGACAGUUACAGGAACUCAAUGCACGGCUCUCACAGGCUGAGAGAGAAAGAGAGGAGAGAGAGGAACGACUCAGUAAACUACAGUCAGAGCUUGAGUCUUUGUCCAGUUCUCUCUCCUCGUCUGACUCAAAAUCUCUUCGUUUAAAUAAGGAGGUCAGCAGUCUGGAGAGUCAGUUACAUGAUGUGCAGGAGCUCCUGCAGGAAGAGACGCGGCAGAAGUUGGCGUUGGGCUCACGUGUUCGCGCUCUAGAGGAGGAGAAAGUUGGACUGGUGGAUAGACUCGAGGAGGAGGAGGAGAAGACCAGAGAGCUCACACGUCAGAUUCAGAACCAGACGCAACAGCUGGCUGAUUUUAAAAAGCAAACAGAGGAAGUGAACACAGCAGUGGAGGCCGGGGAGGAGACCAGGAGGAAGAUGCAGAGAGAGCUGGAGAAUGCAGUACAGAGAGAGAGAGUCAAAGAAGAAGAGAAAGAACGCAUUGAGAGACAGAAAGAACGACUGAGAGAAGAGAUAGAAGACAUGACCAUCGCUCUGCAGAGAGAGAGACAGAACUGUACAGCUCUGGAGAAGAGACAGAAAAAAUUUGAUCAGAGUUUGGCAGAGGAGAAGGCAGUGAGUGCUCGGCUGUUGGAGGAACGGGACCGUGCAGAAGCAGAGAGUCGAGAGAAAGAGACACGCUUCUUGUCUCUCUCUAGAUCACUGCAGGAAGCCACAGAGCAGAGAGAUGAGCUGGAGAGAAGUAAUAAGCUACUCCGCCUCGAGAUGGAACAGCUUGUCAACGCCCAAGAUGACGUGGGAAAAAAUGUUCUAGAGCUGGAGCGUUCUCGACGGGCUUUGGAAACAGAAGCCCAGUCUCUGAGAGAACAGACCCAGGACCUGGAGGAUGAGCUGACAGAGACGGAGAAUGCUCGUCUGAGACUGGAGGUUACGCUUCAAGCCCUCAGAGCUCAGUUUGAGAGAGAGAUGAGCACCAAGGAGGAGAAAGGAGAAGAAAAAAGGAGAGCCCUCAACAAACAGGUGCGAGAGCUGGAAGUAAUGCUUGAAGAAGAAAGGACUCAGAGAGCUCAAGCUCUAACGGUCAAGAAACAGCUGGAGUCAGAGCUGUUGGAGGCAGCGUCUCAGGUGGAAGCAGCCAGUCGGGGCAGAGAGGAGGCAAUCAGGCAGAUGAAACGUCUUCAGGUUCAAUUGAAGGAGCUUCUUCGUGAGCUGGAUGAGACCAAACUGUCUAAAGAAGAGAUUGUCGCUCAAUCAAAGGACACAGAGAAGCGCCUGCAGACUCUGGAGGCAGAAGUAGUACAGCUAACAGAGGAACUGGCUGUUUCUGAGAGGCAACGGAGGCAAGCUCAGCAGGAGAGAGACGAAAUGGCGGAUGAAAUCGUCAGCAGCACAAGUGGAAAAUCUGCUCUGUUUGAGGAAAAACGGCGUCUGGAGGCCAGAAUCACUCAACUGGAGGAAGAAUUAGAGGAGGAACAGAGUAAUGCUGAACUACUGGCUGAGAGACAGAGGAAGAGCACCUUACAGGUUGAGACACUUACAGUCCAGUUGUCCGGAGAGAGAACGCUGGCACAGAAGAGUGAGAGCGCACGCGAGAUCCUCGAUAGGCAGAAUAAAGAGCUGAAGACUCGUCUCAGUGAGCUGGAGGGCUCUGUGAAGGGCAAAAAUCGUCUCAGCAUCGCUGCCCUGGAGGCCAAGAUAGAAUCUAUGGAGGAACAACUGGAGCAAGAGAGACAAGAGCACACCAUGGCUAAUAAGCUGGUGAGGAAAACAGAGAAGAAACUGAAAGAGGUUCUGAUUCAGGUGGAUGAUGAAAGGAGACAUGCAGAUCAGUACCGAGAGCAGGUGAAUAAGUCUAUGGGCCGACUCCAUCAGCUGAAGAGACAAUUAGAAGAGGUGGAGGAGGAGAACUCCCGCUCCAACGCUCAGCGCAGGAAACUACAGCGAGAACUGGAAGAAAUGAGUGACAGUAUGCAAAUCAUGAACCGUGAGCUCAACACUCUACGUUCACAACUCAGCGUGACAGAACGGCAGAAGUCAGAACAGCGAGCUCCACUCCCUAUUUCCUUGCGUGCUGCCCGCAGGGCUCUGGUGGAUGAUCUCUCUCAGGAGAACUCUGAUUCGGAGGAUCCAAGAGCUUCUCCCACCUCGUCCAGCGGCCUGAUGGGGACCCCUACACCCUCAGACAACGCCCUGGGCCGCCCACCCCCCUACAGCCUUACAGACACUAAAUAAGAAGGGGAGAGUGUGAAAGAUGGCCAAAUUUAAUCUCAUAGCUUUGCAAUUGUACACACAAUGCUGCAGAGCAUCCGUGCAGUCACAGACAACAACAGAACUUGAAACUAGUUAAUGAAACUAGUUAAUGAAACUAAUUAGUGAUUUAUCAAUGUUUAAUGAACAAAUGAAUAAGCAUUCAAGAUGGAGAAAAUCAGAUUCAGUACUCUUUCUACUUAAACCAACCAAGCAAUGAGUAAACACUGUUUUUUUUUUUGUUUGUUUUUUUAAUGGGGCAGAAUAAAACUACAUUUCCCAGCACUCUUUAAGAAAUAGAAGUACUGUGUAUUGGCCUAGCCUCAUAUCAGUGCAGUAUAUUGUAUAUCAAGCUUGUUGUGGCACAAUUGUAAUGGCCACAUCAAGCUGUCUAUCAAUCAAUAAUAAGCCAUUUGUUUAAGGGAAAUUUGCAUGUUAAUGGUAAUCAAAUGGAAAAGGUCAUCAGGUAUUGCACAGAUGAUCCAUAUCAAAAGUUUCAUGAUUGGGCUAAAAUUAAUCAGCUGUGCCAGCACAAGCCAUUGAACCUUCAAAGCUCUGAGAAACUUUCUCUCUCUCACUCCUAAAAUCAUGUUUUAAGAAAUUGAGAAUUGAACAGGUACAAGAUUAUCUCUUUGUUAUUUUAAAAUAUCUGUGUUUUAAAUUUUUAAAAGUUAUAGCACUACUUCUGAUUAAUAGAACGUUGCUUUUUAUCAAACAUGAUUUGGCAGAGAUGAUGCUAAUGUACACCAAGCUUUGAUUGUAUAAAACAUAAGUGAGAAAGAGAGAAAUGAUUUUCUAUUAGAUAUUAGAUAAUAUGCUACAAAUUUGAGCUAUCCAUGCUAGCUUUUACAUUUUGGCCAUAAACUGAUAUCAGAGGUCAUAACAAAAGAAUGGAGAUAUAGAAACUAAAAUAUAAAUAUAAGGUAAAACACACAAUAGUAAACCAACGAUUCCUGGAUUUAUUGCAGAAAGUAAAGAGAAACUGCCAACGCUGACAUAUUUCACUUACAUGUAGACUUAGCAGUAACGAUUCUUAGAUAUUUUCAAUUGACCUGCUCUAAUCUCGUUAAAACAUUAGUAUUAUUCAGUUCAACUCCCUAUUAAAGGUGCACUCAGUUUUUUUUUAAGAUGUCGAAGUGGCUUACAUUGGCUUACACUGACACCUAGUGGCACCUAGUUCAUUCAAACACAGUAGUUUUCAGUUACUAAUGCUAUUGUAAAAAUUCAUUAUGUACAGUAAGCCAGGAUUCAUUUAAUCUAUGAAUGAAAUUGUCCAAUAACAGGGCACUUACUGAGAUUAAGCGAGUAUUAUUCAGAUGGUCAUGUGAUUCUAACAUGGCUGCCCCCAUGAUGCGCCCCUGCCCCAUGUAGAAUAAAAGAGCUUUUAUAAGAUUACUGAUAUGACUGACCUCUUCAUCUCACAUGAGUGGUCAUGAUUUUAUACAUAUGUUUCAAAAUGACUGUUCAUUUCUUUAGAAGUAAAACUUUUUAAAUGAGGAAAAAAGUACUGAGUGAACUUUUAAGUUCAGGGUAUUCUUACAUUCUUAGAUAAUGUGCUUUGAUUGUUACCUAGAUAGCUCUAAAGGGAAGGCUUUUGUUGGUAGUGAUAUAGGCAGUUAGGAUUUCUAAAUUUAUGUCUUAACACAUCGGCUCCAGUUUCAGACUACUGACUUCUAUCAAAUCAGAAAAUUCCAGUAUGCAGUCUAUUUUGUUUUGUAUUCUUUUUUUUUGUCUUUUUUUUUUUGUCUGCACACAGAUAUGUUAUGGUUGUUGUAUAGUAUUCCGAUGAAAACAGGACUAAGUUCAAGGAAAACAAAGGGUAAGGAUGGGUUUAUACCUUAAUAGGGUAGUUUUAGUCAAGAACACUGGACAGAAAACUAAACAUUUUCACCAAAAGCUGCAUAUACUGAAAAUCAGAGACAGUUUUGAGACAAUGGAAACACAAGUAUAGAGUAAGACAUCUGUAUUUAGAUUACAGAGAGUUUCUUUGUCAUGGUGUGAAUGGCGUAAACAUUCUUAUUACACUUAUUACAUUACAGGGGUUGAAGGCGGCUAGUUACUUUACUCCUUAAUUAACUCAACUGUAUCAAUGUAACAUUGUUUUCUGCCAAAUGAAAUUGUGUUCUUCUUUUUUCUUUUCUUUUUUUUUUUCUUUUUUUUUUUUUUGAAAGUGGUAAAUAUUUAUGGAACAGAGCUUUUAUGUUGAAUACAGUCUGGGGCAUAUGGAUGACUAAAGGGACAUUAUUUUAGUUGUAUGCAUGUCAACAGUGCAUGUAGUUUAGACUGGUGAAAAGGGAGGACAUACCUGUAAAAAAUUCCAAUGGAGUCCAUUGAAAACCAAUAGCCCAUUUCCAACAUACAGUCCCGGUACUUCCCCCUUGAACUUUCUAGAUGAUAACUAUUAAGAGGAACGGGAGACUUUUCCCUCUCUUGCAUUCGCACACAAAAAGGAACCCCUGUCAUUAUAGUACAUCUGACAAUGUUUGCACACGCUAUUCAAUAGCAACAACAGCACUGAUUGUGGAUGCCAGGAGCGGAGCUACACUUUUGUUAGGGCUGUAUUACACAACCUGUGUCUUAAGGUAACAGUUUUUUCACUGGGCGCGUGAGCCGUGCGUGCGGUGCUGCAUCCCUGAAGCCCAUGGUGAGAGGAGAGGAAAGGGCACCCGGCAUAUUUUAAUCAUGCAGCACAUGCUUAACUCAGUGGAAUACAUGUUGAAAAUGCAAUAUAAAGCUAUUUAUCAACACAAUCUUUUACAAUAAAUGCUUUUAUGACUCAACAUAAAAUACUGUACUGAAAUACUCACCCAUUAACUGAAAGAAAUAGGUGUUGAUGCAAGUUAACCAUACAGUAACAGGAACGCAACACUUUCCUAAUGUAAAUUAGAUUUCAUGAUGGUAAAGUUUAAAAUAUAUUUCAAUUACCCACUCUAAAACAUCUUAUAAUUUAUGUCCGUUAUCCCAGGAAAAACAGUCACACAGUACAGAUGUGAUGAAAACUCAAACCGCGUCUCCCGUUGAAGUCAUGCAGCAGCUUUGCUCACCCCUCGUAUACUCAUACUAUGUAAAACAGGUGAUACUCUUUGGGUACUUUGUUGGUUUAUGUUAUUUCUGUUAAUGGAAUUGUAAAAAUAGUGAAAUCCUCUGAGUAGCAGGCUAGCAGCUUCAAGUUUGUUUACACAUGGCAGCUGCCGACACUUUGAGUUUCUCAUUGCUUUGUGCGUCAUACGUGUUUGACCAAUCACAGGUUGCAACACCUCCCACAGUACCUCUUCUCCAAAAAGUACCCCAAAGUAGGAGCUAAAAAAGUCUCUAAAUAACUAAGAGGAACUAUAGUUCCUCAUGUGUAAAACCAAUGAAAAGUAGCAGUUCUGAGUAAAAGUACCUAAAAUGGACUUUAGUUCCUACAGUGAGUAGGGCCUAAUGAAAUAACUAGGAGAUUUGAAAUCUGAUAAAUAUAUUGCAAAUUUAGGUCUCCCUAAAGACUUCCUUCUCAUUGAUCAUGUUUUCAUAUGGAGAAUAAUGUAAUGCAUUUUAGAUGGCAUUUGAACAGAAUGGUUUUAAAAAUCAGUAGUUGUUGAAUGGCUAAAACAAGGCUCGAUGUUUCAGCAGUUGUUACAGGAGAGUAAUGGUCUGGCUUAAAAACAUACAACAUAUAUUCGGAAAUCUUUUCUUUAAAAUUCUUGUCCAUGUCAAGUGAAAGUUUUCCUUCGCUGUAUGUUUGUCUCUAAUAUUUAAUUUAAUAUAUAUUGUAUGGUGAUAAUCAUUUUGAUAUAUUGCUCUGACUUACAGGCUAGUCUUUAACGUGAUUGCAUUUCCUUAUAUAUUAAACAGUGUUAAACUGUGAAUAAUAAUUGUGUCACCAUUCUAGAAUCAGAACAAAUUUCAGGCCUGCUUUGCCAGCCACUGAUCUUCAAAAUGUAUUAGGAAAUAAUGGAUUUGUUGACAUCUUGUUUAGCCACAAACACAUUAUGAAAAAUCUUUUUUGUGCUGAUUCUCUGUGAAAUAACAAGGUUCACUGGUUCACUGAUGUAUUGAAAGGUUUAUUACAUGAUUAUUACACCUUUUUUUACAUAAAUCGGUAAGCAGGGUUUAUUAUCACUUGAUCAGAUUCCACUGUACGUAUGUAGAUAGCACUUUGAUACUUGAAUUGUUUGACUUGCCCCAAUAAUCUUUGGUUUUAAAUUUGGUGUGUUUUUAUUUACCAUUCUCUUAAAUUAAGACAUUGUUAUACAAUUGUAAAAUGUUGACUGAAAGGGAAGAAAUGAUGCUGUUAAAGACAAACAGAUUAGAAAUAAUUGCACACAGAAGCCAAAAGACUCUCCUGAGCCUUGUAAAACAGAUUUUUGAUUCUACUUAUUUGUCCAUGUUAGAACAUUUUCAGCCUAUAAUUUUUCUGAUUUCUCUGACUCUUUGCCUUUAAAGUGACUCAAUAUUGCUGCUAAUUCUUUUCUCUUUUCUUUUUUCUUUCUUUUUUUUUUUUUGUCACUGCCAAAUGUACAAAGACAUUUAAUUGUAAUUGAUUUGUACAUUUAAUAGAUGCAUUUGCAGAACUGUUCAAACCAUCAACAAAGAAUCCAUUUGGAGGGCAUUCAUAUUCAAAAACCACUCAUAUUUCUCAGAAUUCUAAAUUCCAUUUUAAUGAAUGAGCCUUGUUAUACUCAGCCUGUGCUUUAUAAUACAGCUUUGACAAGUAUAACAGGAGCAUGUAUGGAAAGGAAUCAAAACCCCAGAGAUACUUGUAUGUAUUUAAUGUAUUUCUGAAGACGAUUGUUUGCUUUUUGCAUCUGUUGAACUUGAAUUUUUAACCAUGUUGUUUAUUUGAUCUUUUGGUUUACUUUGCUAUAAUGAUAAAAUGAGACUGGGGUGAAUUUUAAUAUACAGUACCAUUG